UCAAAUAGAGAAAAUGCUUCUUUCUCUUGUGCCUUGCUUUAGGAAUCAAAGUUGCUCUUUUGUAAUAAUUAAUAAUUUGAUUCUACCAAAUAAGCCACAUUUCAACUCGUUGAAAUAUUUAUCUAAUUUUGCCCUUCGUCAUCGGUACAACAUGAAUGUUGCUUACUUCCGACAGCUUCCGAAUGAGGAACAGUGUUCCAUUAGUUUUCAUUUGAUCAACGAGAAGUACAAAAUCAACAAGAUUUUCAACUUUUGCCGCAAUGUUACUGAAAAUAUUGAUGCCAGUGCCGACCGGAUGCGAGCUAAUAUUGAAAAGGAAGUAAAAAAACGGACCAACAGAAAGAAAAAACCUCAAAAGGUAACCACAGAGGAACCAAUAAAGACUGAUAUACCCGAAGAAGUCAUCGUACGGUUUUUCGACACUGAAAAUAAACAGGAUGUCAAGGAUAUGCCAUUUUCAGAACUUCUCAAUCGAAUCAGAAAUAACAAGGAAAUAUUAUUGAAGGUGCUAGAAAACAAUUUUCUAAUAAACUUUAAUUCGCCAACUGUGCAGGCAAUCAACCUGCCGCACUCAAUUCUAGCAGGAUUUUAUGUCUACCCUUCAAAGCUAGAACUGUUAUUUGCUGAAAAAGAGCAUUCAAGUUUCCAGUGGUAUCGCGGUAAGAUGCCUAAGUCAAAAAACGCAGAACAAAUCGAGUGGCAACUGAUAGGAGAAGGAUUCUCGCAUCUAGUCACGUCUAACGACGUUGGUUAUCACUUGAAGUUCGUCUGUAUACCGAAAACGUUACAAGAAACAGGAGCGUCAUCAGAAGUUAUCUCUAACGGUGAAAUAGAGGCGGGUCCUGGUCAAUGUCCUUUUGAAGUUCGUCACUUGUUCACUCAAAAUAAGCUUGCCAAUCAGUUUCAGUUUCGAGUUGUUACCUACAAUAUCCUGGCAGACCUGUACGCAGACAGUGACUAUAGUAGGAACGAAUUGUUCGGAUACUGCUCGAACUAUGCGCUCCAUAUAGACUAUAGGAAACAACUCUUUAUCAAGGAACUUUUGGGGUACAAUGCGGACAUUAUCUGUCUUCAAGAGGUCGAUAAAAAAGUCUUUAAUAUGGACCUACAACCGGUUCUGCGAAUGAAAAGCUUUGAGGGUUUUUUCAAAGCGAAAGGAAACACUGCGGAAGGAUUAGCUACAUUUUUCGAUGUAAACCGUUUUGAAGCAUUGGAUUCACAAGGAAUCACAAUUGGAGAAUGUUUAGAAACUUUGGAAACGUUCCAGGAUUUAUGGAAUCAAAUCAAAACAAACGAAAAGCUUGCAGCUCGAAUCAAAGAACGUUCGACAGCUGUUAGUGUGACAUUGUUAAGGUGUCGACAGAAUCCGCUCAAGCACCUGCUCGUGGCCAACACUCACUUUUACUUUCAUCCUGACGCUGAUCAUAUUCGACUGUUACAGGGUGGCUUUUCUAUGCUCUAUGUGCGCGAUAUCUACGAACGAUUCGAACGCGAACUGCAACUGGACAGAGCUCAUUUUGCAAUUAUAUUUUGCGGAGAUUUUAACAGCACGCCCGAGUGUGGCAUGUUUCGAUUGAUGACGGAACGUUUCGUCGGAGAUGAAUUGGCCGACUGGCAGAGUAACGAAGAAGAAGCUGUUCGUGGAGUCACAUUAGCGCAACCUUUCAUGUUUCAAUCGGCUUGCGGGUGCCCAAAAUUCACGAAUUACACCGUUGGUUUUCAAGCAUGCAUCGAUUACAUCUACUACCAAUGUGAUUCGUUGCGAGUAAAUGACGUCGUUCCGCUGCCAAGCGAGGAAGAACUCAUGGCGUACGAUGCAAUCCCGUCGCCCGUGUUUCCUUCCGAUCACAUUGCACUGGUGGCCAGCUUCGAAUGGGCACAGAAGUCGUGAUGAUCACGUCACUAUUGUUAAGCAAUAUUUCUGAUAUGAUCAAUGUAUAAUAGUGUACAAUAGAAUACAAUUUCAAUCAAAAA